AUGGUGAAAUCUUUGAAGAAUAAAUAUAACUUGAACAUGUUAGGACUGAUUGAAACAAAAAGAGAAGUACUUACUAAAUAUGAUGUUGCACGGCUUUGGGGAAGUAGUAAUGCUGGGUGGGAAUUUGUGGAGUCUGUAGGAUCGGCUGGGGGGCUGUUAUUGAUGUGGGAUGAUGGAGUGUUUAAAGUACAUAAUAGAUAUAAAGGUGAGCGUUGGCUAUGCGUUAAAGGAGUGUUAACCAGGACCAACUUCCCCUGUGCUUUUUGUUUGGUGUACGGGGCGCAUGGGAGGGAGGCGAAGAAGGUGGUGUGGGAAGAGCUAAGCUAUGUGGCAGGUUUAUGUCAGGUUCCAUUAUGCUUUUUAGGGGACUUUAAUGAAAUCUUACAUGUUGAGGAUCGAAAAGGGGGGGCUAGUUUGCCGGCAUCAGCGGAAGAGUUUAAGAGUUGGGUGCAUGACAUGCAAUUGAUGGAUUUAUCUCUUACUGAUCGAAAGUAUACAUGGUUUUAG